AUGACGAACGAGAAAAUGGUCGUGACCACUAGCCAGGUCCCCGUCGGCCGUGAAAAGACUCCAGAGAAUGCCGGAAUGGAUGAAAUGCGCCUGGAGACCGCUCUGGGUCAUAAGCAAGAGCUAUCCCGACAUUUCAGUCUGUGGAGUUUGACCAGCUUAGGAAUUAUCAUUGCAAACUCUUGGGCUUCAACAGGAGGCACGAUUGUCGCUGCGCUCCAGAAUGGCGGUCCGAUGGCGGUCUUGUAUGGACUCAUCCUGGUCAGCGUUUUCUACACGGCUAUUUCAGCUUCUUUGGCCGAGCUCGCCUCUUCUAUGCCUUCGGCGGGUGGUGUAUACUACUGGUCGUCAGUGUUGAGUCGAACCAAAGGCCGCAAGACUGGGUUUUUUACAGGAUAUCUCAAUGCUUGUGCAUGGCUACUAUCUGCCUCCUCCAUGAGCUCUAUUCUGGGCAAUGAGGCUGUGGCGAUGUACUUAUUGAAACAUCCGACCAUUGAGUGGCAUCCAUGGCAGGUGUUUAUCGUCUUUCAAAUUGUGAACUGGUCAUGUUGCGCAAUCGUCUGUCUGGGAAAUCGGUUCAUUCCAUUGAUCAACCGCAUCGCUCUGAUCUUGUCCAUGUGCGGCCUUGUCACAACUGUAAUUGUCCUCGCGGUGAUGCCCAAGCAGCAUGCCAGCAGUUCUCAAGUUUGGACUAAAUACCAUAACAUGACAGGUGGAUGGUCAGAUGGAGUUUGUUUCAUGACUGGGUUGUUGAAUGCUGCAUUUGCAGUAGGUGUGCCAGACUGCAUCAGUCAUUUAUCAGAAGAAGUGCCCAAGCCCGAGGUGAAGGUCCCUCAAGGCAUAAUGCUGCAAAUGCUAACAGCAUUCACCACCUCAUUCGUCUACCUAAUCGCCCUAUUCUAUUCCAUUCAAGACCUCGACGCCGUCUUCGCAAGCAACAUUGGGUUCUUCCCAACAGCCGAGAUCUACCGACAAGCAACAGGCUCCAAUGCAGGCGCCAUCGGUCUCAUCGCCGUACUAUUCCUUGCAACUUUCCCAACAUUAAUCGGCACUUUCAUGACGGGUGGUCGAAUGUGGUGGAGCUUAGCCCGGGACAAUGCAACCCCCUUCGCUAGCUAUUUCGCCCAAGUCCAUCCGACACUCAACUGUCCCGUACGAGCAACAGUUGCCAUGAGCGCAAUAGUUACUUGUCUAGGGUGUAUCUAUAUUGGCAGCACGACUGCGUUCCAAGCACUCAUUUCCAGCUUCAUUGUCCUGAGCUCGUUGUCUUAUUUCGGUGCUAUCUGUCCUCAUGUCCUGUCCGGUCGUCGGAAUAUGGUCCCUGGACCAUUUUAUAUGGGACAGAAGCUGGGGAUGGUGGUCAAUGUCGUCUCUUUAAUUUACAUUUUGGUGACUGUGGUGUUCUUCUGCUUCCCCUUCAUUUUGCCCGCUACAGUGCAUAAUAUGAAUUACACCAGUGUUAUCACUGUGGGCUUGAUGGCAUUGACUGCAGUGUGGUGGAUGGCGCGUGGAAGACGCCAGUAUCAGGGUCCUCAGUAUAGCUUUGAGGCUGCUGAGAGAUUGGCUGCAUUUCAAGAAGGCAAGCAGGGCCGUCGAUCCUUUAUUGAUGUCGCCGGGGAUGCACCGGUCGCCUGUGUCGAGCAUGGAAAUAGCUGA